UCACUCCCCUCCAUGUUGCAGCUAAGUAUGGGAAGAUAGAAGUGGCCAACCUUCUGCUGCAGAGACACACUGCACCCGAUGCAGCUGGGAAGAGUGGUCUAACUCCCCUACACGUAGCUGCUCAUUAUGAUAACCAGAAAGUGGCUCUGCUGCUGCUGGACCAGGGAGCUUCACCGCACGCUGCUGCCAAGAAUGGGUAUACUCCUCUCCACAUCGCGGCUAAGAAGAACCAGAUGGAGAUCGCCACAACGCUGCUGGAGUAUGGAGCCAACACCAACGCUACGACACGUCAGGGCAUCACACCGCUGCACCUGGCCUCUCAGGAGGGCAACGUAGACAUCGUUACCCUGCUACUGGCCAAGGACGCCACCAUCAGCUUGGGCAACAAGAGUGGUCUGACUCCUCUCCACCUGGCAGCUCAGGACGACAAGGUGAACGUAGCUGAGGUGCUGGUUAACCAGGGGGCCACUGUUGACCCAGAGACUAAGAUGGGAUACACUCCGCUGCACGUGGCGUGUCACUAUGGAAACGUGAAGAUGGUCAACUUCCUGCUAAAGAACCAGGCCAAGAUCAACGCCAAAACCAAGAACGGAUACACCCCCCUCCAUCAGGCGGCCCAGCAAGGCCACACCCACAUCAUCAACCUACUGCUGCAGCACGGGGCCUCUCCCAACCACGUCACUGUGAAUGGUAACACGGCCCUGUCCAUCGCCAGGAGGCUGGGGUACAUCUCUGUAGUGGAUACUCUGAAGGUCGUCACUGAGGAAACACAGACCACUCUGACGGUGACCGAGAAACACAAGAUGAACGUUCCAGAAACCAUGAACGAGGUUCUGGACAUGUCGGAUGAUGACGUUGGUAAAGCCAAUGUACCUGAAAUGCUCAAUGAAGACUAUUUAUCUGAUGUUGAAGAAGGUGAGGAUGCGAUGACAGGCGACACGGAUAAGUACCUGGGACCCCAGGACCUGAGAGAGCUGGGAGACGACUCCCUGCCCCAGGAGGGUUACAUGGGCUUUAGCAUCGGAGCACGCAGCGCCAGCCCUAAGGUCUGCAGUUCGGAUAGGUCCAACACCCUGAACAGGACCUCUUACACCAGAGACAGCGUGAUGAUCGAAGAGAUACUGGCUCCUACCAAGGAUAUGAACCUGGUGGUGGCCAGCAGAGACUGUAACUCUGACUCUCUGAGACACUACAGCUGGACUGCUGACACCUUGGACAACAUCAACAUGGUCUCCAGCCCCAUACACUCUGGCCUUUCCUCUCCUCUACCUCAGUAUGACUCCAGGUUCCUGGUCAGUUUCAUGGUGGAUGCACGCGGCGGCUCCAUGCGGGGGAGUCGUCAUAACGGAAUGCGCAUCAUCAUCCCGCCCAGGAAGUGCACGGCUCCGACACGCAUCACCUGCCGCCUGGCGAAGAGGCACAAGCUGGCCACGCCCCCACCGAUGGUGGAUGGAGAGGGAUUGGCCAGCAGGCUGGUGGAGGUGGGGCCUGCUGGAGCUCAGUUCCUGGGCCCUGUGAUCGUGGAGAUCCCCCAUUUUGGUUCUAUGAGGGGGAAGGAGAGAGAGCUGAUCAUGCUGAGGAGUGAGAAUGGAGAGACCUGGAAGGAACAUCAGUAUGACUGCAAGACUGAUGACCUCAAUGAGCUGCUCAACGGCAUGGAUGAAGAGCUGGACAGUGCCAAGGACCUGGAGAAGAAGCGUAUCUGUCGCAUCAUUACCAAGGAUUUCCCACAGUACUUUGCGGUGGUGUCUCGUAUCAGACAGGAGAGCAGCCAGAUGGGCCCUGAGGGAGGAGUCCUCUCCAGCCUGACACUUCCAUUGGUCCAGGCCUCCUUCCCCGAGGGGGCUCUCACCAAGAAGAUACGCGUGGGACUGCAGGCCCAGCCGGCUCCUGAUGACAUGGUGCAGAAGAUCCUUGGUAACCGGGCGACAUUCAGCCCCAUAGUGACGGUAGAACCUCGACGCAGGAAGUUCCACAAACCCAUCACCAUGACGAUCCCGGUCCCGCCCUUGUCAGGGGAGGGGGUUAGCAACGGCUACAAGGGAGACUCCACCCCCUGCCUGAGGUUGCUAUGCAGCAUCACCGGCGGAACCUCUCCUGCCCAAUGGGAGGACAUCACUGGGACCACGCCCCUAACCUUCGUCAACGACUGUGUCUCCUUCACCACCAAUGUCUCUGCCAGGUUCUGGCUUGCUGACUGCCACCAGAUCCCAGAGACUGUAGGCCUGGCCACCCAGCUGUACAGAGAGCUCAUCUGUGUUCCUUACAUGGCCAAGUUCGUGGUGUUCGCCAAGAUGAACGACCCUAUGGAGUCCCGCCUGCGCUGCUUCUGUAUGACAGACGACAAGGUGGACAAAACCCUGGAACAGCAGGAGAACUUUGAGGAGGUGGCCAGGAGCAAAGACAUUGAGGUUCUGGAGGGGAGGCCCAUCUAUGUGGACUGCUAUGGGAACUUAGCUCCUCUGGCCAAGGCUGGACAGCUAUUGGUGCUCAACUUCUACGCAUUCAAAGAGAACCGGCUUCCUUUCUGUGUGAAGGUCAGAGACAACAGCCAGGAGCCGUGUGGCCGUCUGACAUUCCUGAAGGAGACCACUAAGACCGCUAAGGGCUUCCCCCAGACGGCCGUGUGUAACCUGAACAUCACUCUCCCUGCGCUGAAGAAGGAAAUGGAGUCAGACCCAGAUGAAGAGACUGAAAAGCCAGAACGACGCCAUACCUUUACAUCUCUAGCCUUACGUAAGCGGUACAGCUAUCUCGCCGAGCCCGCCACGAAAACAGUUGAGCGAAGCGCAGCAAGAACACUGCCUGCUGGUUACACUCACAAACCUGUCUUUUCAACAAGAUCUUACAAGGCAUGGUCGGCUGCGCCUCUUCCCCACACUGUCCAAGCAAGGUGUGGACUGGGCUCCCUCUCCGGCUCACGGUCCAACACACUACCCGCAGCGCCACUAAAGUCUGCCUGGUUGCUCUCCUCCGCCUCUCCAAUCAAAUCUACCCUCGGAGCCUCACCAUCACAUUCAGUCAAAUCCUCUGGCGACAUAGCUUCUAUACCUGUCAGAUCCUAUAGAACUAUGGCCUCCCCUAUUAAGACUGUUAUACAGCAGGCCCAGUACCCGGUCCAGGUCUCUGCCAGUCUGGUGUCCUCUUCCUCUAAACCUGGAGCAGAUCCUGUCUUCAUUAAAGGACUAUCCACCCCAUUUUCUUCCAGGACCACCCCAGCCUCUAACACAGGGUCUGUUCCAGAUAGAUCAAUCAUGACUCAACCCGAAUCUCCCAAGUGCACAGCCAACAUGUACACCUCUAGUUUACCCUUCAAAUCAGUCCUGUCGUCUUCAUCCUCCUCCCCUGUCAGAACCAUCGCUGGUCUGUCCUCUUUGUCCUCCUCCCCUGUCAGAACCAACGCUGGUCUGUCCUCUUCGUCCUCCUCCCCUGUCAGAACCAUCGCUGGUCUGUCCUCUUCAUCCUCCUCCCCUGUCAGAACCAUCGCUGGUCUGUCCUCUUCGUCCUCCUCCCCUGUCAGAACCAUCGCUGGUCUGUCCUCUUCGUCCUCCUCCCCUGUCAGAACCAUCGCUGGUCUGUCCUCUUCGUCCUCCUCCCCUGUCAGAACCAUCGCUGGUCUGUCCUCUUCAUCCUCCUCCCCUGUCAGAACCAUUCCUGGCCUGUCCACUACUUCAGCUCCGUCUAAGGGGAAGCCCCUCCCCUCUCUGUCCUCACCAGCCCACUCCUCAGAAGCCUCUGCUAUGGUGAAUGGAUUAGUUUCUCCCAUGAAGUACACCUCUUCUUCUCAGUCCUCCUCCCCCUCUCCCUCCUCCCCCUGCUCCUGUUUGCUCUCUGAUAGGUCUAGCAGUCUGCAGGAGAGGAUACAGACCACCACUCACGCCGCCACUUCCAGUGUUAGUGCAGCUAUAAAUGAGGCUGAAAGGACAUUUAACUCUUCGGGGUACGGAACACUCAAAUCGGCGUCCUCGCGUAGAUCUAACACCUCAACUUCUGUCUACGGCUCUAUGAGGUCUCAAACCUCUUCCACCACCUCAGCAACAUCCAAUACAAUGACUGUACCUGUAUACUCUUUUCUCAACGUUACAACCGAGUCCCAAAUGAAAAAAGGGCCUGGGUCGCUGAAGAUGUCGUCUGCAGACUCUCGCAGGUCAAAGACGGCGGUGAAGUCCCCUCCUUACAUCACCCCCCCAGGGCUCACUCUAACCCCACCCUCCUCCCUAUCCUCCAAUCAGGACAUCCUGAAAGACGUGGCCGAUAUGAAGGAGGACCUGAUCAGGAUGACGGCCAUCUUGCAGACUGACCCCAGAACAGCCAGGAACGUUCAGUCUCAGACCCCUAAAGAGCCUAAGAUGGAGGAUGAGGAGCCCUUCACCAUAGUAGAGAAAGUGAAGGAGGAUCUAGUGAAAGUCAGUGAGAUACUGACCAAGGAUGUGGUGAGUGAUAGUCAAGCCUGUAGAGGGAAGCCCUCCGAGGAGGAGGAGUGGGAGGAGUUCUCUAAAGAUGAGUUAGAGGAAGCCCAGCAAAGUGCUAAGGAAUUCUUUCACCCUCCGUUUGACGCUAACACACUCUCCUUUAGGCCCCAGUCUAUGCCCAGUAAAGAGUUGAAUUUAGCCAAGGUUGUUGACUACCUGGCCAAUGACAUAGGUGCUAGUUCUCUUUCUAAGAUGGCCGAGAUGAAGAGCAGAUAUGAGGAGGCGAAAAGAGAAGGGGAGGACAAACAGAAACUAAAAAAACUCAAGAUGCCUCCCUCAGGUAUGCGUACCUCUGCCUCUGAGAAAGACUUAUGUAAACUAGCAGAGUCAUAUUAUGGACCUGACGCCAUAUUGGAGUCACCAGAGGACUUAUCUCAUGAGCAAGAUAAGAGUCCUCUGUCAGACAGUGGCUUUGAAACCAGGAGUGAAAAGACUCCUUCAGCCCCCCAAAGUGCAGAGAGCACCGGGCCCAAACCCCCCUUCACUGACCCCAUCCCUCCCUGCAUCACCGAGACUAGGACUGAGGUGGUCCAUAUCAGGAGCUACGAGCACCCAGACGAACCCUGUGAGGUGCAGAUGGAGGAGGCAGCCUCAGCAUCGCCGGCCUGCAUUGAACCAGAGGCCUCCUCCUCCGCCUCCUCCUCCAUCAAAGACAAAGUCAAAUCCUUCCAGAUCAAAGUGUCUGACGACUCUGACUCUGUCGUUAGCAAGAGCAUGAGGCUCAAAGAGGAGACCCACAUCACCACCACCACGCGCAUGGUUUACCACAAACCGCAGCUGAAAGACGGCUCGGAGAGGAUCGAGGAGACCAUGUCAGUCAGAGACAUCAUGAAAGCAUUCCAGUCCGGAAGGGACCCCUCCAAAGAACUAGCCGGACUGUUUGAGCACAAGGCUGGCCAGGACUCUGUCAAAGGGGAUGAACUCACCCCUAGGUUCAUUGAUAAUGACACUAAAGCCAAAAGAAUAAUGGAGGUUCACAUAGAAAAAGAAGGAAACACAUUCCAACCAACUGAGGUGAUUAUCAGGGAGACCAAGAAGAUUCCAGACUCUUAUUUCUAUAAAGGAGACCACAGAAUCCAAGAACUGCCUGAUUACGACGAGGCGCAGCAGGAAGGGGAGGAGCUUACUGCCAAUGACAGCCGGCCCAGCUCCACUCAGCUCAUGGCCGAUGACUCCUACAAAGCUCUCAAACUGCUCAGCCAGCACUCUGUAGAGUAUCACAACGACGAGCUCUCUGAACUCAGGGGAGAGUCUUACAGGUUCGCUGAGAAGAUGCUCCGUUCUGAGAAACUAGACAUAUCCCACUCUGAUACAGAGGACUCUAUGGCUGACCAAACACACCAAAUUACCUCAGAGUCGCAUGGGGCAGAGAGCGAUUACGGUGAGAAAGAGGCCGUGCCCAGGAAAGAGUUAACUUUCAAGUCAUCAAAGGAUACAUCCUCUAAGUCAGGUAAAUGUUCUCAUAAGGAUGACAAGUUUGACAAAGUGACAGUGUUGCAUUACACCACAGAGCCAGGCAGCCCAAAACAUGCAGUGUGGAUGUGUUUCACUGAGGACAAGCUGGACAGGAACAGAGAGAAGCUCAUCUACGAGGACCGCGUGGAUCAAACUGUCAAGGAAGCUGAGGAGAAACUGAGCGAGGUCUCUCAGUUUUUCCGUGACAAAACUGAGAAACUGAACGACGAACUGCAAUCCCCGGAGAAAAAGCCUCCAAAGAGAGACCCCAGGGAGACCAGGUCUGGGUCUAGCUCCACCUGUAAUAGCCCAGAGAAAACCCAGCAGAAAGCCAAGGCAGAGGGGGAGGAGUGGGGCAAGGGAAGGGGGAACAAACUGUUCAGUAGUACGACUGAGAGGAAGACCUCUAGUCUACCCAACAGUCCAGAGAGAGCUGUUCUCUCCCUCUUCAGUGAGGAUACAUCCAAACAGCAGACAAAAGUGGAGGAAUGCUCUGCGCCAACCCAGGUGAAAGCCUCCUUCUCUAGAGUGAGCUCUGUUAGGAUGAAGUUUGAAUCAGAGGCGCAGAACCAAGAUAAGAGUAGUCCUCAGGCAGUACAGUCCACACCCCCAGUCAGCAGACUGCAGGAGAACAAGCUGCCAGUGAAUCAACUGUUCACUGGAGGAAAGACAACUAAAGGGUCUGAGGCCACAGAGGAAGGAAGUCCUUUUAAAAAGAUUCCAGAGAAACUCAAAGGACCUGCUUCCAAUAGCAGUAAAUCAGUUGUCUCAUCAGCUGCCCCAAAACAAUCAGGAGACAAACUGACUAAUAAGAACCUACCAUACACCACAGCCCAAAAACACCUAACAGGUCAGACUGAUAAAGAAUCAGAGAAAACAAGCCCAUUGAGCCAGGAGAGUCAGGGCAUUGGGAUCAGUAAGGGUGUAAAGGGACCACCAUCACAUAGUCCUACACAUGACGCACCCAAGGAGAACAGUGGGGAAGUUGAAAAAGAACAGGUUUCUAUGAGGGAUUCUCCUUCCAAACAUGUUGCAUCAAGUCCCACAACCAAUAGGGUUGCUCAUUCUGAACCUGUGUCUAAAGACCAUGGGGAAGCACAAAACAAGAAUCUUAGAAAAAAGACAGAGUCCCAGAUCCCAGACAGGUCUGUGUCUAGUCACUCAGACAGCGAUCAGUCAGAGAAAGCAAAACAAGACACAGUAACUAAGCCAUCUGAAAAGACAUCCCAAAUCCCUAUACUAAAUAAGAACAGAAUAAGGGUCAGCCCAGUAACAAGCCCCACAAAGACAGACGAACUAACAGACACAUCUCUUGAAAUAUUAGAUAAUGCACCAAAAGAUUCAAACUUGAACAAUGUGCAUGACACUUGCACAAGAGAAAUACAAGAGAGAUUAGCACCAGAGAAAACCACCACCAGAGAAAACUUCAAAGGCAUCAAAACAUUACCUGUCUAUGUGAGUGUCCAGGUGGGUAGGCAGGGAGAAAGAGAGGGCAGAGGAGGAGUACUGUACAAACAGAAACAGCCCUCUUCGCCUCAGGCCAGUCCUGACGAUGACACGCUAGAGCAGGUAUCUUUCAUAGACAGCUCAGGGAAGAGUCCCCUCACCCCGGAGACCCCUAGCUCAGAGGAGAUCAGCUAUGACCUCACCUCCAGAACACCAGACUCCAUCCUGGACACCAGACUCCAUCCUCCCUUCCAGCCUAGCCCUAUCCCAGAGGUCUCCGAGGACUCCUCAGAGGAGGAGCAGGGCCAGGUAUUUUCCUUCAAGGACUUCAAACCAGAGACACCUAAUGUCACAGCAGCUGACCUUAAGAAUGGAAACCACCAGGCUGGACAGACACCUAAAGACAAAGGAGUAGCGUACAUCCAAUUCCCCCCUCCGCCUCCCCUGGACUCUGAGCAGUCCGGCCCCGAGAAGAAGAAGAAGAAGGGAUCAUGUGGUUCCUCUGAGGCGGAGAUGGAGAUGAUGGAGGUCAACCUCCAGGAAGAGCAUGAUAAACGCCUCCUCACGGAGCCCAUCAUCAGAGUCCAGCCCCCCUCCCCGGUCCCCCCCGGGGCUGACGACAGUGACUCUAGUGAUGAUGAGUCCGUCUUCCAGCCCAUCUCCUUUAAGAAAUACACCUUUAAGAUCUCAGAGGGGCAGGAGCAGGAGAUCAAGAAUGGGUCCAAAUCCCCAAAACAGGAUAAAAACAGAAACAACAAAGAGCCAGGAACUAACAAAACUAAUGGAACUUAUGAAGCUGGUAAAACAGAGGAGUACGACUCUGAACAGAAUGGAAAUGACCAGUCCAUAACAGACUGUUCUAUCGCCACGACGGCAGAGUUCUCUCAUGACACUGACGCUACUGAGGUUGACUCCCUGGAUGGGUAUGACAUGCAGGAUGAGGACGAUGGUCUGUGUGAGAUAGACACUAAACCCUUCAGCCUGCCGGACAGCAGGAAGGACGUGUGGACCUCAGACAGCAUGCUCCGGUCCUGCGACCGCUCCUUCAGUCAGACCAAACUAGAGGCCAUUGAAGAGGAAAAAACACCGGAGGAGGAAUUCAAAAAGGCUCAAGCUAAAAGUGAUCCAGUUGACAUAAAAACAGAUGGGGCCAUUUCUCAGGACCAGAAGGACAAUGAUGGGUUUUCUGAUACGUACUUUAGUUACAAGCUAGAGGAGGCGUUUGACUCUCCGUUUAAAACUGUUGCUACUAAAGGUCUGGACUUUGACCCCUGGUCCACUAUAGGAGGAGACAAUGAAAUGGUUGACGCCAGGAUAAAAGACGACGAGCCGAAGCCGUUUGGGCUGGCAGCAGACGACAGGUCACAGGCCACGACCCCAGACACGACCCCUGCCAGAACCCCGACCGAUGAUAGCACCACGCCGACUAGCGAGCCAAACCCGUUCCCCUUCCAUGAAGGGAAGAUGUUUGAGAUGACUCGCAGUGGUGCGAUUGACAUGAGCAAGCGGGAUAUUGUUGAAGAAAGACUGCAGUUUUUUCAGAUUGGCCCUCAGAGCCCCUGUGAGAGGACUGACCUACGGAUGGCCAUAGUGGCAGAUCACCUGGGUCUGAGCUGGACUGAGCUUGCCAGGGAAAUGGAUUUCUCUGUAGAUGAGAUCAAUCACAUCCGUGUGGAUAACCCCAACUCUCUCACCGCUCAGAGUUUCAUGCUUUUAAAGAAAUGGGUUAGCAGAGAUGGUAAAAAUACCACAACGGAUUCCCUUACAGAGGUCCUGACUAAGAUCAAUCGGAUGGAUAUUGUGACAUUGCUGGAAGGGCCAAUAUUUGACUAUGGUAACAUUUCAGGCACAAGAUGUUUUGCUGAUGAUAACGCAGUUACCCUGGAUCAGUGUAAUGGUUCCAGCAGCAUCCAGCUGGAGCUUCAGACCCCCACAGGGUUGAUCUGUCAGCCCCCUACCCCGCUAAGCAGCGACCACUUCUUUGACGAGGACGCUGGCCUAGACUCCCCCUCUAGAACGCCCACUAGACCAUGUGACUUGUCACUCACCCAGACCACCAGCACCCCAGGCCCCGCCUCCCAUGCUCAACCCCCCACAAUGGUGGUAGAGGAAGACACCUCAGGACCGCUAGACUCCCAGGGCCCCGGGGAGGGCCCCGAGGAAGGCCCUAAAGUGACCUCCACUGAAAAUGACACAGGGGUUAGCAGAGAGUCAGUGGCCUCAUACAAGCCCCAUGACAGGGAGGCAGGGGUGAGAGAGGAGGCUGAUCAGGAUGUUGACAUGGGGAUGCUGAUACGUCAGAUUGAUCUUCCUCAGGGGGUGGUCAGGGAGGAUGAGUGGCUGGCUGGAGCCAGAGGAGACCCAUCAGAGACCCUGGGCUUUAGACCUGCCCUGGGGGGGGGGUCUGGUUCUCCCGGGGAAGAGGAAGAGGAGGGAGAGAUGAGUGAGGAGAAGUUAAAGUCUCUGUUGGAGGAGAUGGCGCUGGAGGAAGGCUCGGAGGACGAGGAUAUGACGGAGGACAGGAUAAACGCCAUCUUGUCUCAGGUGCAGCAGGCAGACAAAGAUGUGAUGUCGUCACCUGCAGGUUGGCAUAGUGAGACGUCCGGCGUGAACGUGGAGCCCCCGACACCUGGCCGCAGUCUGAGUGCUGAGGGCAACGACCUCCAGGACACCAGCCCUGUGAAUUCCCUGGACUCCCUGACGACAUCACCUGUCCGACCAGCAGAGAAAUCCAAUGGAGACCACGCUGACUUCCUGUCCCAGACCGGGUCACAUCCUGAGGCCCAGGCUUCGUCCAACGGGGUGAAGGGUCAUGGCCAGGUCGAGGACGAGGGAAGGGCGUCGGCGUCACAAGGAGGGCAGGAGGAGGAGGGAGGAGUGCAGAGGUCACAGCACAAAGUCCAGGGAGAAGAGGCCAGAAACAUCCCUGUGGAGUCAGUGACAGAAGAGCAGUUCACAGACGAGGAUGGAAACAUUGUCUCCCGAAAAUCUGGAGAAGGGUCAGGGUCGAAGGUGAAAAAGAAGCAAGUGGAAAAGGAUCAAUGGUAAUAGUUGUGUGCUCAACCUGGUACGUACAAGUAUGGAGCUCAGGACUGAUAGAAUAUGGAGGGAAAUGGGGAUCACUUAACACUACAGCCAGGUGGUAUCCUGUCUGAUCCAGGACAGGCUGUCUGGAUCCAUUAUCCUGUCUGCUCCAGGACAGGCUGACUGGAUCCAUUAUCCUGUCUGAUCCAUUAUCCUGUCGGCUCCAGGACAGGCUCAGUCUGGAUCCAUUAUCCUGUCGGCUCCAGAAAAGGCUCAGUCUGGAUCCAUUAUCAUGUCGGCUCCAGGACAGGCUCAGUCUGGAUCCAUUAUCCUGUCGGCUCCAGGACAGGCUGUUUGGAUCCAUUAUCCUGUCGGCUCCAGGACAGGCUCAGUCUGGAUCCAUUAUCCUGUCGGCUCCAGGACAGGCUCAGUCUGGAUCCAUUAUCCUGUCGGCUCCAAGACAGGCUCAGUCUGGAUCCAUUAUCCUGUCGGCUCCAGGACAGGCUGUCUGGAUCCAUUAUCCUGUCGGCUCCAGGACAGGCUGUCUGGAUCCAUUAUCCUGUCGGCUCCAGGACAGGCUCAGUCUUGAUCCAUUAUCCUGUCGGCUCCAGGACAGGCUGUCUGGAUCCAUUAUCCUGUCAAAUCCAGGACAGGCUCAGUCUGGAUCCAUUAUCCUGUCGGAUCCAGGACAGGCUCAGUCUGGAUCCAUUAUCCUGUCAGAUCCAGGACAGGCUCAGUCUGGAUCCAUUAUCCUGUUGGCUCCAGGACAGGCUGUCUGGAUCCAUUAUCCUGUCGGAUCCAGGACAGGCUCAGUCUGGAUCCAUUAUCCUGUCGGCUCCAGGACAGGCUCAGUCUGGAUCCAUUAUCCUGUCAGAUCCAGGACAGGCUCAGUAUGGAUCCAUUAUCCUGUCGGAUCCAGGAAAGGCUCAGUCUGGAUCCAUUAUCCUGUCAGAUCCAGGACAGGCUCAGUCUGGAUCCAUUAUCCUGUCGGAUCCAUUAUCCUGUCGGCUCCAGGACAGGCUCAGUCUGGAUCCAUUUUCCUGUCGGCUCCAGGACAGGCUCAUUCUGGAUCCAUUAUCCUGUCGGCUCCAGGACAGGCUCAGUCUGGAUCCAUUAUCCUGUCAGAUCCACGACAGGCUCAGUCUGGAUCCAAUAUCCUGUCGGAUCCAGGAAAGGCUUAGUCUGGAUCCAUUUUCCUGUCGGCUCCAGGACAGGCUGUCUGGAUCCAUUAUCCUGUCGGCUCCAGGACAGGCUGUCUGGAUCCAUUAUCCUGUCGGAUCCAUUAUCCUGUCGGCUCCAGGACAGGCUCAGUCUGGAUCCAUUUUCCUGUCGGCUCCAGGACAGGCUCAUUCUGGAUCCAUUAUCCUGUCGGCUCCAGGACAGGCUCAGUCUGGAUCCAUUAUCCUGUCAGAUCCACGACAGGCUCAGUCUGGAUCCAAUAUCCUGUCGGAUCCAGGAAAGGCUUAGGCUGGAUCCAUUUUCCUGUCGGCUCCAGGACAGGCUGUCUGGAUCCAUUAUCCUGUCGGAUCCAUUAUCCUGUCGGCUCCAGGACAGGCUGUCUGGAUCCAUUUUCCUGUCGACUCCAGGACAGGCUCAGUCUGGAUCCAUUAUCCUGUCGGCUCCAGGACAGGCUCAGUCUGAAUCCAUUAUCCUGUCGGAUCCAGCAACCGGCUGUCUGGAUCCAUUAUCCUGUCGGCUGGAGGACAGGCUCAGUCUGGAUCCAUUAUCCUGUCAGAUCCACGACAGGCUCAGUCUGGAUCCAUUAUCCUGUCAGAUCCACGACAGGCUCAGUCUGGAUCCAUUAUCCUGUCGGAUCCAGGACAGGCACAGUCUGGAUCCAUUAUCCUGUCGGAUCCAGCAACCGGCUGUCUGGAUCCAUUAUCCUGUCGGCUGGAGGACAGGCUCAGUCUGGAUCCAUUAUCCUGUCAGAUCCACGACAGGCUCAGUCUGGAUCCAUUAUCCUGUCGGCUCCAGGACAGGCUCUGUCUGAAGCCAAAAUAGAAAUGUGCUUAACCUAACUCUCCCCAGUCAAACCCUAACCCUAAUCCCAGUGUCCUGCCCAGAUAUAGUUUUAUCCUAACUCUGCCCAGUCAACCCCUAAUCCUAAUCCCACAGUGUCCUGCCCAGAUAUAGUUUUAUCCUAACUCUGCCCAAUCAAACCCUAAUCCCACAGUGUCCUGCCCAGAUAUAGUUUAUCCUAACUCUCCCCAGUCAAACCCUAACCCUAAUCCCACAGUGUCCUGCCCAGCUAUAGUCUUAUCCCAACUCUGCCCAGUCAAACCCUAAUCCCAGUGUCCUGCCCAGCUAUAGUCUUAUCCUAACUCUGCCCAGUCAAACCCUAAUCCUAAUCCCACAGUGUCCUGCCGAGAUAUAGUUUUAUCCUAACUCUCCCCAGUCAAACCCUAAUCCCACAGUGUCCUGCCCAGAUAUAGUUUUAUCCUAACUCUGCCCAGUCAAACCCUAAUCCCACAGUGUCCUGCCCAGAUAUAGUCUUAUCCUAACUCUCCCCAGUCAAACCCAAACCCUAAUCCCACAGUGUCCUGCCCAGAUAUAGUGUUAUCCUAACUCUGCCCAGUCAAACCCUAACCCUAAUCCCACAGUAUCCUGCCCAGAUAUAGUUUUAUCCUAACUCUGCCCAGUCAAACCCUAACCCUAAUCCCACAGUAUCCUGCCCAGAUAUAGUCUUAUCCUAACUCUGCCCAGUCAACCCCUAAUCCCACAGUGUCCUGCCCAGAUAUAGUCUUAUCCUAACUCUUCCCAGUCAACCCCUAAUCCUAAUUCCACAGUGUCCUGCCCAGAUAGUCUUAUCCUAACUCUGCCCAGUCAAACCCUAACCCUCAUCCCACAGUAUCCUGCCCAGAUAUAGUCUUAUCCUAACUCUGCCCAGUCAACCCCUAAUCCCACAGUAUCCUGCCCAGAUAUAGUCUUAUCCUAACUCUGCCCAGUCAAACCCUAAUCCCACAGUGUUCUGCCCAGAUAUAGUCUUAUCCUAACUCUGCCCAGUCAACGCCUAAUCCCACAGUGUCCUGCCCAGAUAUAGUCUUAUCCUAACUCUGCCCAGUCAACCCCUAAUCCCACAGUGUCCUGCUCAGAUAUAGUCUUAUCCUAACUCUGCCCAGUCAACCCCUAAUCCCACAGUGUCCUGCCCAGAUAUAGUCUUAUCCUAACUCUGCCCAGUCAACCCCUAAUCCUAAUCCUACAGUGUCCUGCCCAGAUAUAGUCUUAUCCUAACUCUGCCCAGUCAACCCCUAAUCCCACAGUGUCCUGCCCAGAUAUAGUAUUAUCCUAACUCUGCCCAGUCAACCCCUAAUCCUAAUCCCACAGUGUCCUGCCCAGAUAUAGGCUUAUCCUAACUCUUCCCAGUCAACCCCUAAUCCUAAUUCCACAGUGUCCUGCCCAGAUAGUCUUAUCCUAACUCUGCCCAGUCAAACCCUAACCCUAAUCCCACAGUAUCCUGCCCAGAUAUAGUCUUAUCCUAACUCUGCCCAGUCAACCCCUAAUCCCACAGUAUCCUGCCCAGAUAUAGUCUUAUCCUAACUCUGCCCAGUCAAACCCUCACACUUUCUGAGGGCCUUGCAGUCUUGUUAGUUCAGCUGGUUAAUGAAGAGAGACAUUAAACUAUUCACAGCAUACACAGUGGUGAGAGAUUUAAACUCACGUUGAUCUAAAUCACCUGUCAUGUGUUUUUGAUUUGCAGGUUUGUUGAUGUUUCAUGACUUCCUGGAAGGGAGAUAACUGGAACCUUGAAGCAGGACAACAGCCAAUAAGAACGUGUGUCUGCAGCUUUCACGUUAACGCAUGGUUUUUACAGCAAGACCACUUUAUUUGAUUUCGCAUGAGCAUGAAAAAACGUACUUUUUCUGUCCACAACCUGGGCUCCAGCCGUGACCUGUCGUUACCACGGUGACAGGAGAACAGGGGUGUGGUCUUGCUCCAUCAUGGCGUCAGGACGACAGUAGCCACGCCUCCAAGCAUCUUCUCGAAACCAAUGAGGCACAACAGGACGUUUGAUUGACAGAUUAGAGGAACACUUAGAGUCACCUUCUACAAGCCUUAUAUUUUCUGUCCUGUAGCCACACCACUGGGGUGGGUGUAUACAGUGGUUGUGUUUUUUUAAUGACAACGGGGGGUUUGGUUGUAUAUAAACGACACUGUAAAACCUUCUGAAGUUAGUCACUGAUAGAAAGUUCUCUGCACUGGUAGGACAGCUACGCAAAGCAUUGGAAUGAAAUGCAAAUAUUUGACUCCACCUUUAUGAAAACGCUUGGGUGUUACUGCACAUGUCUAAUUAUCAGCAGGAAAUGUUUGUCAAAUCAAAAUGGAAGCUUGAUUUUAACCUAACUCCACUGCAACUCUCAAACAUCACUUCUGUGAACAAUAUUUCCUCAGAGUACUAAUAUUUUGAUGCAUGAGAUUCACCUGGUUUGACUUAGUUUUCCUCAUUUGCGAACAUUGUAUUAUGAAAUAAGGUGUUUAUUUCUAUCAGUCUGUCUACUCUGCUCUGGCACUGACUGUUUUAAAGAAACAUGAACUCACACAGCCACCCUGGGGGACAGCAGGACAGAGAGGGAACCUUCAUUCUAAUGCUUUAUGAGGGCCCACUGUGUAACCUGGAAUAUACCUCUACUAUUAAAGACCUGGAGCUAUGAGAGCUCCCAAUUUAUAACGUAGACUGGCACAUUGGAAAGGGUUAGAGAGGUAUUACCCCAAUUUAUAAUGUGACUGGCACAUUGGAAAGGCUUAGAGCGUUUAGCCCAAUUUAUAAUGUAGACUGGCACAUUGGAAAGGGUUAGAGAGGUAUUACCCCAAUUUAUAAUGUAGACUGGCACAUUGGAAAGGCUUAGAGAGCUAUUACCCCAUUUUAUAAUGUAGACUGGCACAUUGGAAAGGGUUAACAGUUAUCAUGUGUAUUGGCUCUAAACCAAUCAUUGCUCAUUAUUUUAGCAGUAUAAUGUUAUGUUUUAAGCCUGCUGUGGUUUAAAGGGGCAUUUUGUCUUUGGGUUUUGGUGCCAUAUUUCCUUCCGUUGUAUCUAUUCAUAUGAGACCACCUAAAGCAUUGACUGAUGAUCUGGUAACGUAUGUAUGACAACCAACAUGGAUGAUCCAAUUCAUUAUUUAAGCAGAAAUAAAUUGUGAUUAAACUGAA